CUGAAGCAGCAGCUCUUCUCGUACGCCAUCCUGGGCUUUGCGCUGUCCGAGGCCAUGGGGCUCUUCUGUCUGAUGGUGGCAUUCCUGAUCCUGUUCGCCAUGUGACACCCCUGGGGACAGCCCUGCUGCUGCUGCUGCUCUCCUGCCAGUAAACCACCGAUUUCUCUACGGAA